AUGGAAUUUUCAAAGUACAACGCUUUGGGAAACAAUUUCAUAUUUAUGGACAACAGAGACAGGCGGAUAGACGUCUCUCAAGAAACUUUUGUCGUCAGAUUAUGCGAGCCUAGAACUGGGAUUGGUGCGGACGGGUUGGUGGAGAUCGGUGGGCGUUGUGCUGUGAAGUUUGCAAUUCAGCUUGGCCUGGCUUCGGCAGACGAGGAUGUUACGUUCUGUGCAUACGACGGAGAACACGUUGGCCGUGUGGACAGUCAGUCUGGCCUGGUGCAUCUUAAGAUGAAAGACAUAGACAGGGGGAUUGAUAGAGUGGUAAACAAUAAUUAUCAGAUUUUUACCGGCACCUUAACCCUCGUUGCAUACUUUGACGACCUAGAAAGCAUUGACGUUCAGCAGGAUGGCGAUGAACUUCGGAAAAUAUAUGACACCGGACACAAACAGGGAUUUGUCAAAGCUUACGUCCAAACUUGCCCCGAAAAAACGAGUGAGAUUUCCAUGCGAAGUUACGAGUGCGGCGUCAACGGCGAGACGCUGGCGUGUGGAACUGGCGCUGCGCUUGUCACGGUAAGUCGAGGGUCAGCGUUCACUGAACCGACGUCAGUGAAAGUUAAUGUCAGAGUUCGUCUUGGGACACUAACGGUGACGGCUUUGCGCGUGGGUGAGAGGGAAUUCUCAGACGUGUAUCUAAUUGGUCCUGCAUGUCACAUGUUCGAAGGAGUGUUGCGUGAUCUCUAG